AUGGUUAAAGGUUUUUCAUAUGCCGGUGUCGAAUACGGCGUCGAAUGUCACUGCAGCGUGUUUUUCAACGCUACAUCGGCCGCAAAAACGCACCAACGCCUAUGCGAUCGACCCUGUCCCAGCUACAACAACAUCAGCAUCAUCAACAACAACAACAGCAACAACAACAUGAAAACAACACGUGAUGAUGUCACUGGACUGACGACGAGUUGGAACGUUACGAAUGGCGCGAAAAGUAAAAGAGCUAAGUGGCACAAAAGGGUUUACAAUAACAACAACAACAAUAAUAACAACAACAACAACAAUAAUAACAACAACAAUAAUAAUAAUAACAAUAAUAAUAAUAAUAAUAAUAACAUCACUACUUGUGGUGGUUAUCUAACAAUUGAAGUUUUCAAAACUGGUUUCGCAAAAGUGUUCAAUAAGGAGGCCACCGCUAGCAGCGACAACAACGGUUUCACGAACGGCAACAACAAUGACGUCAUCGCCGGCAACAGCAGCGAAUCAGACGACGGCAAGGUCAAAAUAUUAUUUUUACUCUCGCUGACUGGCCGAGCUUUCAGGCAGGUGGUCCGACUUCUGAGGUCCAUCUAUCGUCCGCACCACUACUACCUCAUACACGUUGAUAAGAGACAAAACUACCUACACAAAAUGCUGACAAACCUCUCCGCGAAAUUACACAACGUGGAAAUGGCGGAGAAAAGAUUCGCGACAAUUUGGGGUGGCUCAAGCCUCUUGGAGAUGCUGCUUUCGACAAUGAAAGAGGCUUUGACAUUCAAAACCUGGCCUUGGAGUUACUUCAUUAACCUCAGCGAGUCAGAUUAUCCCAUUAAGCCGAUCGAGCAACUGGAGGCCUUCCUGACUCUGAACGAGGGAAUGAACUUUUUGAAGUCCCACGGGAGAAAUACUGCUAGAUUCAUCCAGCGCCAGGGUCUGGAGAUGCUAUUUUUAGAGUGCGAGCAUCGGAUGUGGCGAUUGGGCGAGAGGAGGCUGAUGGGCGGAGUCAACGUGGACGGGGGAAGCGAUUGGAUUGGUCUGCACAGAUCCUUCGUGACCUACUUAACAUAUGGGUCGGAUCAGCUGUUGAAUGGGGUCAAGCUGUACUGGAAGUAUGCGCUGCUGCCAGCUGAGUCAUUCUUCCACACGAUGUUACAAAACAGCCGCUUCUGCCACACAAUGAUCAACAAUAACCUACAUAGUACCAACUGGAAAAGGAAGCAGGGUUGCAACUGCCAGUACAAGCACAUAGUCGAUUGGUGUGGCUGCUCGCCCAAUGACUUCACCAUGGACGACCUUGAAAGACUGAAGGCGACAAAGAAUAACCCGGAUUUUUUCGCGCGAAAGUUCGAAGCCAUCGUCAACCAGGAGAUUAUCAAUCAGGUCGAUGAAAACUUUUUACUCAUCAGUAAUGCCGGUCUGCCGUCCAUGGAUUCAUUUUGGCUGAACAUCUGGAACGUAGAUGACGAUCGUGGCGAUCUUCCUGAUGACGACGACGACGAUGAUGAUGACGAUGAUAAUGAUAAAAAUAAUAAUAAUAAUAACGACACUCCAUCUCGACCACCAUCUCCACCACCAUCAUCAUCUUCUUCUUCAUCGUCAUCUAGUCAUGACAGAGUAGUUCUACUCACAUUUUUGUCAUCGCUUACGCGACUAACACGGCAAACGUACGGCAGCCUAACUACCACUACUGCUGUAGCUGCUGCAGCUACUACAGCCGCUAAAACUAGUAGUACCACAAAGGCGCGAUCGUCGUUAUUUUCAUUAACAUUAUUAGAUGCCUACGUCUUCAAACAUGAAGAAAAAAUUAGAGGGGUGGUUGUAACGUGGUCCCUAUGGGGUCAGGGUGAAACAUUGGAAGGCCCCCUAGGUACUAAUGAUGGUAAUGAUGAUGGUGGUGGUGGUGGUGAUGGUGGUGAUGGUGGUGGUGGUGGUGCUGAUAAAAUUGAGGCCUUAUUCGAGUUUGUUCCAUUUGAAAUUGGGAAGAGGAAAGGUCGCAAGGUCAUUGGUGUGCAGGUGGGUUCAAAUUACGAGCAGAAAGAGAUGAUGUUCAGGAAUUACCUUUCCCUAUUUGGACCGGACAGCAAUUUAGUGGUGGCUUUCCAUACGCUUCAACUGCAAGAGGAAGCGAAAGUCGAAGUGCGAUUGGUCGAUCCGGAUGACGUAGUAGCAUACGUCAGCGCAGUCAAAAUACCGAAACUCGUCACCAUGGCGACACAUGACUUGAGCAACAUCACGAAACCACUGAAAGCCGGUAUAUGGAGAGUGAUGGUUCGAGAAGAUGAAGACGACGACGACGACGAUAAUGCUGGAGGUGCUGAUAAUGAUGGCGGUGCUGCUGCUGCUGAUGAUGAUGAUGAUUAUAAUGAAAAUAAUAAUAAUAAUAAUGAUAAUAAUAAUAAUAAUGUUGAUGAUAGGAGCAAUGGUAUUUGGAUGGCUAGGUUUUUAAUCAUCCCAAUCAAUAAUAACAACAAUUAUAACGAUGAUGAUAAUGAUAAUGAUUUUAACGACGGCGGCGAUGAUGAUAAUGAUGUUGAAGACGACGACGAUGAUGGUGGUGGAAAGAGUUCAGAGCGAAAGAAGAAGCUGGACGAACGCGUUGACAGUCUGAUAAAGGAGUUCUGGAGACAGACUGGAUUAUGCAUCACAACACCCAAACGUCAUCAUGACGUCAUCGAUGUAGAUAAACAACAACAACCGGAUAUUUACGGGUGUAAGGAUAGCUACUGGAGCAGCUUUCAUGACGAUCCAAAGUCACAAUUGACAGUUAUCUAG